AUGUAUCUGCUGUAUGACGUGAUCCAGCUCCGAAAGUCAUCGCUAGGGAAUCAUUUCCUUAUAAAGCGUCAGAAUUGGCAGUCAGCCGCAGAUGAUAUCGCCUCCUUAACUCUAAGCCAACUGCAAAAUGCUGCGAAAGCUGCAGCAGACGGUCAGACACUCGAUGAUCCCGUCAUCAGACGGCUCCAGCGAAAUGUAGUGACCAUCGGAAUCCGAGUGCCAGGGUCUUUUGCCCAAAAGCUGACGACGCGUUCCGAAAUCCGCGGGAUCAUCGUACGGUAUGGGAUGCCUGCGUUUUGGAUCACCAUAAACCCAUCUGACUUGCGAAAUCCCUUAGAAUUGAUCCUGGCAGGAGUAGAAUAUGCUGGAGACAUUCUAAACAGUACUAAUGCCGCCGUCCGUGACACCAUUGCCACUUCCAACCCUGUCGCGGUUGCUAACUUCUUUCACCAUGUCUGUAACGCAGUCUUGAGCGGCCUCCUAGCUAGUGGCUGUGAAUAUUUCGGCAUCUUGGGAGACGUCUCCAACCACUUUGGAGUAGUCGAGACAAAUGGCAGAGGCAUGCUGCACCUCCAUGCCCUGGUGUGGCUCCAGGGGAACUUGGCAUUUACUUCUCUGCGCCAGCGCCUACUAAGUGAUCCCGAAUAUGCAAGCCGUAUGAUCCAUUACCUCGAGUCAGUCAUCAGCCAGAGCAAUGACGACACGGUUCAAACCGACCCCGACUCCAACCGUCCGCCUAUGCCACCUUCCGCCCGGGGAGCUGAGCCUGACGAGGUGUUCUUUGCCCGACUAGCUGACGAUAGUGGCGCGGUAGCUCGAAAGAAACAGCUACAUUCGAAAUAUCAUCUCUCGACCUGUUUCAAAUACCAGCGCAGCGGUUCUGGGAAGAGCUCAUGUCGAUUCGGUAUGCCCCGCGAAUUGGUCCCUACCUCUACAGUUGACGAAUUCGGCAUUAUCCAUCUCGUUCGCAGUCAUCCCUGGGUCAACCCCUGGAACCCGGCGCUAUCCAUUGAGAGUGCAAAGGCGGCUGACCCCCCAACAGCGACGGACCUUCGCCUUCAAGAGAAGGGAACGACCAACUUCGCACUGCGUUGUUUCAACACACUUGCCCAUGACCGUGAGGUUAGCGGCGUCCAAGUGGCCAGUAAGCUUCUUCAACUUCCCUCCUAUUACACCAAUAGCUAUAACUUCGUGCGCGUCAAUCUUUGGUGGCUACGCCAACACGUCCGUACCAUGCUUCGAUCCGACCGGGCCAACUCGGCUCCAAUGGCCGAUGAGCCAUGUACGUACGAGAUUGGAGACGCCGCUCCUGCAAAUAUUUUCGAUAAUUAUAAAUGGCGGGGCCCACACCUGGCAUGUUUGCCCUUCUUUGAAUACUGCAUGCUCGUCCGGACCAUGAACGUGCGGGAUGCAGUCUUAGAUGAUGUGGAUUUUGACGUGAGCCACCCGAGGUACCUAUCUCAUGUGCAACGCUUGGCUCGAUCGAAGUCACAAGUGGCGACAAUCUCAUUUAGUGGACAAUUGACUGAGUUCCAACCUGCGGAGGACGCGAUUUCCGGCGGUCACCCAACGACCGAGGCCAUUAUAAAUGACCUGGCAGAGAUCCUGUUAGGUCUGUUUAUACCGUGGGAAGAUUUGGGGCCCCUCCUUUGUCGGUCAAAGGAGCAGGGAAACAAUUACCCACAGAUAUGGGCGACUGUUGAGCCUACUCUCUCUCCACAUAACCGAGAUUUCGCAAGAAAUAUUGACCUACUGCGAAAGUCCAAGGAAGAUUGUCAGGCAGACGCAAAGCUACGCGAAUCAGCCGCAGCGAGCGCUGCUUAUGACUCCUAUGAUCACCACAUGGGAGUGAUUCAACGGACCGAUUCCUAUUCGGAUAAUGAGGAAGGAGUCGACUCUGUCCAUCUUCAAGAUGAGACCUUUAAGCCAGAGACAUUGAUUGCGGCCUACGGUUCAAUCGCUAGGUUGUGGCAGAAAGAGCUUCUUGCUACUGGACGACGGAUUCCUCCAUUAGUCCAUGGAACAACGUCUACCUGGACCACGGUGCUGCGAAAUCUUCGACCCGUCGAUAUUCUCCAUGACCUUGCGGAAGACAUUUCUGAUCUCCAUUUUCUCCCCCGUCCACCAUGA